CCGCCCACGCGUUCGCAGUACGCAUUUGCAAACCUUUUUGACAACCAGCCAUACGAAGAUGACGAUGAUAUUGACGCAAAUUUCCUUCCGUUUCCGAUCACCAGUGAUCCGUUACCGGUGAAUACGAUAGAGGAUACCCCUGGCGUCCCCCGGGGCGAAUACGGAGCCGAGUACGGCGAGUACGGACCAUUCGCUGACAUGACCGAACCGCCCGAAACCCAGCUCCGCCGCUCCCACACCAUCACCAAAAAGGUCAAAAUGAUCAACGGGAACCUCGUGCUCGACUGCCCCGUCGCGCCCUCCCUCCUCAACAAAUAUCCCAUGACGAUCAACCAGGAAGAGCGCGAGUUUCUGUUUAUGCGCUACCAGGCUGCGACAUGUGGCCCGCUGAACUUCAUCCGGGACCGUUUCACCCUCCGCCAGAAUCACUAUAAACAGCAGCGGCAGACGGAAAUCAUGAUCGUGGUGACAAUGUACAACGAAGACGACAUCCUCCUCGCGCGCACGCUCAAGGGUGUGUUUAAAAACAUCAAAUACCUCCAUUCGCGUGAGGGCUCGUCCACAUGGGGUGCGAACUCGUGGAAGAAAAUCGUUGUGUGCGUGGUGAGCGACGGGCGCUCGAAAAUCAACGAGCGCGCGCAGGCACUUCUCGCCGCGCUCGGCGUGUACCAGGAGGGGUUUGCGAAAUCCAAGGUGAAUGACAAGGAUGUGCGCGCACACAUCUACGAGUACACCACCAUGGUGGGGAUUCUGCGUGUGGACGACACGGUGAAGCUCACCACGGAAAAAACCACUCCCGUGCAGCUACUCUUUUGCUUGAAGGAAAAAAACGCAAAGAAAAUUAAUUCCCAUAGAUGGUGUUUCCAAGCGUUUUGUCCGUUACUCAACCCAAACGUUAUCGUACUUUUGGACGCGGGGACGCAGCCGAGCGGAAAGGCGAUCUACCACUUGUGGAAGGAGUUCGCGCGCGACCUGCGCGUCGCGGGCGCGUGCGGUGAGAUCAAGACCUCGCUCGGCAGCAACUACAAGUUGCUCUUGAAUCCCCUAGUGGCGGCCCAAAACUUUGAAUAUAAAACGUCAAACAUCUUGGAUAAACCUACAGAGUCUGUGUUUGGCUUUAUUUCCGUGCUUCCAGGCGCCUUUUCCGCGUACCGCUGGACAGCCCUCCGCAACGACGUCAACGAUAAGGGCCCUCUAGAAAAGUACUUCAAGGGCGAGUUUCUACACGGGACCGGGGGAAUUUUCACCUCCAACAUGUAUCUUGCGGAGGACCGGAUUCUCUGCUACGAGCUCGUCGCGCGUGAGAACUGCCUGUGGCUCCUCCGCUACGUCAAGAGCGCGGUCGCGGAGACGGAUGUACCAGAGACGCUUGCUGAGUUUAUUCUUCAGCGCCGGCGCUGGCUCAACGGGUCAUUUUUUGCCGCCAUCUACUCGCUCUUCCACUUCCCCAAGAUCUGGUGGUCUUCGCACUCCUUCUUCCGCCAAUUCUUCCUCCACAUCGAAUUUCUCUACCAGUUUGUCGCGCUUCUUGUUUCCUGGUUUUCUGUCGGGUCCUUUUUCUUAGUUUUCCGCAUCUUGACCCUCGCCAUUGCGGACAAGGCGAUUGGCUUUGUCGCGGGAAAGUACCUUUCCGUGGUGUUUCUCUGGCUCUACGUCGCGUGCAUCGUUACUACAUUUGUGCUUUCGUUCGGGAACAAGCCACAAGGGACGCAGGCGUUUUACAUUGUCAUUGCUGGCUUUUUUGCGGUACUCAUGGUCUAUAUGAUUGUGUGCAUCUUUGUGCUUUGUAUUCACUUCAUCAAAGAGCUUUCGUCGUACCUCACCGCCUCCAACAAGUCGCUUAGCGUGGCGCUUUUCUUCCAGAUUCCAAUGCUCCGCGACCUUUUAGUCUCUAUCUGUUCGACAUACGUGCUCUACUUUGUCGGCGCCUUCCUCUACUUUGAGCCGUGGCACAUGUUCACUUCGUUUGGCCAGUACAUGUUGCUCUCUCCCGCGUACAUCAACAUUCUCAACAUCUAUGCGUUUUGUAACAUUGAUGAUAUUUCUUGGGGGACCAAGGGGGAUACCGGGGCGAAGGAUUUGGGGAGUGCCAAGAUCUCCGACAGCGGGAAGUUAGAGAUUGACAUCCCGACGAUGGCGGAGGAAAUCGACCAGUCCUACACGAACCAGAUCUUGAUCAUUCAGAAACCACAGGAAAAUCCGGAGAAGGUUGUGACGCGGGAAAAUGAGGAUUACUAUGCGUUUGUAAGAUCGAUUGCCGUACUUGCCUGGAUGUUUUCCAACUUUGUGCUCAUCGCUGUGGUUUUGCAGACCGGUGGAUUGAACAUUUUCACCAAUACAACCGGUACAACCAAUGCAACCAAGAGAGCGCUUACUGGAGCAGACGCAAACUACCCCGGGUUGUUUACCACCGAUACGUCGUCCAGCGGGAUCUUUUUGGCGGUUAUUUUGUGGCUUGUGUUUUUCAUGGCCGCGUUCAGGUUUAUCGGGUGCACGCUGUACUUGAUCAUGAGGGUC